ACAGGUGGGCAUGGGGAGGACAAGCAGAGGACACCACAGCAUGUCUGCGUGCACACAAAUGCAGUCCAAAUUUGGGCUGGAAAUGGGUAGCGGGCAGUGAAACAAACGUCGGUCCGUUCGGAUCGCCACGUUGGGCCGUGUUAUUUGUCCGCGCGGAUAGGAACGGACAUGGUGGACGAAAUGUGUCGGCCCGUUGGAGUUGCCAUAACCCGGACGACCUUCCCGGUGUUGGAUCGUGUCCAAUGUGGUGAUUGCCUCUAGCAACUCCGCUAGAAGUGUAUUUGCCUUUAAAUUAUCCACACCCCUCGCGAACAGCAGGCAAGAGUAGGGCAAAAAUCACAAUGGAACUCUCCUGGUCCUCCUCGCUGCUUCUUCUCAUCCCUCUCCUACCUCUUGUUUACUUUCUCUACUUGCGUCAGGACCCCAAGAAGCAGCCUCACGCCCAUGGGCUCAAGGUCUACCCCAUUCUCGGCACGCUGCCACACCUCGUGAAGAACAAAGACCACUUCCUCGAGUGGUACACCGGCGUCAUGCAGAGCAGCCCCACACAUACCAUGGUCUUCAAGGUGAUCGGUCUCACCGGCCAAGCCAUCACGGCCGACCCGGCAAACGUGGAGCACAUACUCAAGACUAACUUUGGGAAUUACCCCAAAGGCGAGCUUACCGUCUCCAUGUUCGAGGACUUCCUUGGCCACGGCAUCUUCAACUCUGAUGGCGACGAGUGGCUGUGGCAGCGCAAGGCAGCUAGCUACGAGUUCAACAAGCGCUCGCUUAGGAACUUCAUGGUGGAUGUCGUCCGUUUCGAGGCAGUCGAGCGGCUGGUGCCGCUGCUGCAGCGAGCGGCGCGCGACGCCCAGACCCUCGACGUUCAGGACGUGCUGGAGCGCUUUGCAUUCGACAACAUCUGCGGCGUGGCCUUCGGCGAAGACCCAGGCUGCCUGGCCGUCGCCGACGAGGGCAUGGCCGCGCCCCAGAGCGCGGAGUUCAUGUCCGCGUUCAACGACGCGCAGAACACGAUCGUGGCCCGGGUCAUGUCGCCUAUCAAGUGGAAGUGGCUGUGGCGCGUGAAGAGGUUGCUCGACAUAGAGCCGGAGAGGCGGAUGCGCUUGGCGCUUGCGACGAUCCACGGCUACGCUGACAAGAUCGUUCGUGAGCGUAGGGAGAGUGGAGAGGAUGGGCUGGCGCGGAGGGACGACUCUCUUCUGUCGCGCUUCGCUGCGGCUGGUGAGCACAGCGAUAAGAGCCUCCGCGACGUGGUCACCAACUUCAUCCUUGCCGGCCGCGACACGACAUCGUCGGCGCUAACCUGGUUCUUCUGGUUAGUGUCCACGCGGCCCGACGUGGAGGACAAGAUCAUGAGCGAGAUCCGCGCGGUGCGCGUGUCAGGAGUAGGCGCAUCCACUUUCAGCUUGGACGAGCUGCGCGAAAUGCACUACCUCCACUCGGCCAUCACCGAGUCCAUGCGGCUGUACUUGCCGGUGGCUGCCGACGUGCACAGCUGCAAGGAGGACGAUGUCCUUCCGGACGGCACAUUCAUCGGCAAAGGGUGGCUGAUGACAUACUGCGCUUUCGCGAUGGCGUGGUUGGAGAGCAUCUGGGGCGAGGACUGCCAGGAGUUCAGGCCGGAGAGGUGGCUCGACGGAGAGGGCGUGUUCCGGCCGGCAAGCUCGUUCAUGUACCCUGUCUUCCACGCGGGGCCGAGGAUGUGCCUCGGAAAAGAGAUGGCCUACAUCCAGAUGAAGUACAUCGUGGCGUGCGUGUUGGAGAGGUUCAGCCUCCGGUACGUCGGAGGCGAGGGGCAUCCAAAGCUCGAAAUGUCAAUGACGCUGCGGAUGGGACGCGGCUUGCCAAUGCAGGUGAAGAACAAGGGAGGCUAGCUCGGCUACUUGGAGGAGUCAGUUUCAUCACAAAUCACAACUACCGUCUACUCCAUUGCUCUAGCUAGUACUGUUCUUACUUGGUCUGGGAAAUAAAUCUUCAACUAUCGGGUUGCCAGCGCCGCGCAUUUGUGCUGCAAAGUUUAUAUUUAUAAUAACUAGCAAUAGGCCAGUGCGUUGCAAUGGAAAAUAAAUAUCUCACGUGAGAUUUUAGGCAAUCUACGAU